AUGGGUGAUGAGAAUCAGGAGUGCUCGAAAGUGUUUACAGACUUCCUUCCAUGUAUACGUUAUGUGAGUGGAAAUUCUCAUCAUAGGUCUCCAACAUUGAAAUGCUGUCAAGGUGUAAGAAAACUCAAUGAAAAAGCCAAAAGAGAAAGCAAAGGUUCAAGAAAGAUAUGUCAAUGCCUUGAAGAUAUAGCCUAUUCCAUGAACAUACCAUUUGUUCACUCUCAAGUUGCUGCUCUUCCAUCAAAGUGCAAUGUGAAAUUGAGCUUCCCAAUUUCUAAUAGCAUGGAUUGCUCCAAGUAA